GCGCGUUCCUGGGCCCGCCGGGCUGUCGGCGGGCGGCGGCCUGGUGGACGCGUGCCCGCAGUGGACGACCAGGUGGCGGCUCCGGCUCUUCUGCGAGCGCAGGGGCUGGCGCUGGUGGACCUACGCGGCGGAGGACGGGGCCUGCGCGAGCGACAGCGACGGAGAGGACGCCCCUGCCAGCGAGAGCGGGGCGCACCUGUUCGCCGGCAGCGGCGACCCCUCCUCGGUGGAGUUCCGGGCGCUACCGCACCCGGUCUGGGCGUCGAGGCUGCGGGUAUACCCCGCGGAGUGGCGGGGCCACGCGGCCCUCCGGCUGGAG